GGAGAGGUCUCUUCUAGAAAGACAAAUAUUCCAGUUGGGAAAUGGAGGGUCAGAGGUAUUUGUGGCAUUUGAGACAAAAAUAGAGAUAUUUGUGGGAUUGGUAAUUUUGACUGAAUCAAAUUGAUAAAAACAACCAAAUAAGCAAUAUAGCAAUGUUAAUUCAGGUUCUUCAUUUCAAUCUUUGACAACGAAAAUAAAAACAAACUUUCUGGUUUGUAGCACUGCAGAUAUAGGGUACUGUGUUGCCUCUCCCUGGUCUCAUCCAUAGAGAAGAGACACAGGAGAUUUUACAGAGAACCCUUUUAUUAUUAUUUUUUUCUUGUAAUUCUAAAGGAAUGCCAUUGAUCCAUAGAGAAAAGAGCAUACUUUAAAAAGCAAAGCAAGAAGAGAGUAUCAAAAUUUGUGGCAUUUUGGGUUUCUUUUCGUUUGUUUGUUUCUCGGAAGAAUUUAAAUAGAGAAAGAAAAUAGUAAGACAGAAAUAUGUGGCUGCAGAAAUAUCAAGUGGAAAAACAAGGAGGAGCAAAUGGGUUAGUCGCAGUUGCAAUAGAUAAAGACAAGAACAGCCAGAAUGCUCUUAAAUGGACUAUUGACAAUCUUCUACAAAGAAACCAGACUGUCAUUCUCAUCCAUGUCAAGCUCAAAACUCCUUCCUAUUCCUCAAUGACUUCUAUUUCCAGUUCUUAUUCUAAAUUCAGCCAAAUGUACGACGGUAUGCAUGAGGAAAAUGCACUUGAAUGCAGAGACGUUGAUCCCCACACCAGAGAAUUGUUCCUUCCUUUUCGAUGUUUUUGUACCCGAAAAGAUAUAAAAUGCAAAGACAUUGUAUUGGAAGACAUAGAUGCAGCAAAAGCAUUGAUAGAAUAUACAACUGUCAAUGGAAUUGAGAACUUGAUUCUUGGUGCUUCAUCAAAAACUGGAUUUCUUAGAUUCAAGGCAACAGAUGUUCCAGGCACGGUAAUGAAAGGAGCACCAGAUUUUUGCAAUGUAUAUGUCGUAUCCAAAGGAAAGGUUCAAUCCACACGGUCUGCUUCGCGUCCUGCACCAGCUGUCUCCCCCUUACGCUAUCAGUUUCAGAGUCAUCCCGCCCAAGCCAACAUGAAUCCAGAGCAUUAUGAGCAACAUUAUCAUUCUUCAAGUGCAAGAGGAUAUGACAGACCACCGGAGCGGCCUACUAAGACAUAUGAUGAAAUUGAUACCAUCAGGUCUCCAUUCACGAGGAAAGGUCCAAAUGCUAAAUCAUAUGGAGAGUUAUCUCUAGCUGAAAGUGAUAUAUCCUUUGUCAGCUCUGGUAGGCCAAGUGUUGAUCGUGGUGGUUACUCUCCAUACUAUGAAAACUUGGACUCAGGAAGAACCACACCACGGAUAUCGAACAGUACAGAAAUAGACAUCAACCACAGUUUUGAGUCUAUGCUGUAUGGACGGCGGUCAGUGGACAUCACCACUCCACCUGAAUAUGCUUCAUGUUCUCAUGACAGUGACAGAUUAUCAACCUCAUCACAGUCAAUUGAAGAAGUUGAGGCUGAGAUGAGAAGGUUAAAACUUGAACUCAAGCAAACAAUGGAAAUGUAUAGUACAGCCUGCAAAGAAGCACUUACAGCAAAACAAAAGGCUGUAGAACUCCAGCUCUGGAAGAUAGAAGAAGAGAAACGGUUUGAAGAGGCACGACUGGCUGAGGAAGCUGCACUGGCAAUUGUAGAAAAGGAGAGAGCCAGGUCCAGAGCGGCUAUGGAGGCUGCAGAAGCAUCUAAGAGGAUUGCAGACCUGGAAGCACAGAAAAGGAAAAAUGCAGAAAUGAAAGCACUCAAAGAAGCAGAAGAGAGGCAGAAGGUAAUGGCUUCUCUAGCGAAAUCAGAUGUACGGUACAGGAAGUACUCCAUUGAGGAGAUUGAGAUUGCCACAGAGCACUUUGCUCAAUCCAGAAGGAUUGGAGAAGGUGGUUAUGGACCUGUAUAUAAAUGCAAUCUGGACCAUACACAGGUGGCAAUUAAGGUUCUACGCCCUGAUGCGGCUCAUGGGAGAUCACAGUUUCAACAGGAGGUUGAGGUUUUAUGCAACAUACGACAUCCUAACAUGGUUCUCCUGCUAGGAGCUUGCCCCGAGUAUGGCUGCUUAGUCUACGAGUUCAUGGCUAACGGGAGCUUGGAAGAUCGUUUGUUCUGUCGAGGAAAUACAAAACCUCUUUCUUGGCAGCAUAGAUUCAGGAUUGCAGCUGAAAUUGGCACUGGUUUGCUGUUCCUUCACCAGACUAAGCCAGAGCCACUUGUGCACCGUGACCUGAAACCAGGCAACAUCUUGCUUGACCGAAACUUGGUUAGCAAGAUCAGUGAUGUUGGGUUGGCGAGGCUAGUACCCCCAACUGUGGCUGACACAGUGACUCAGUAUCGAAUGACCUCCACAGCCGGAACUUUCUGCUAUAUUGACCCAGAGUAUCAGCAGACAGGCAUGCUUGGUGUAAAGUCAGAUGUUUAUUCACUUGGUAUUAUGUUUCUACAAAUUAUAACAGCAAAACCACCAAUGGGAUUGACUCAUCAUGUUGGAAGGGCUAUCGAAAAAGGGUGUUUUGAACAGAUGCUUGAUCCUGCUGUGAAAGAUUGGCCUAUUCAAGAAACCUUGAGCUUUGCCAAGUUGGCUCUCAAAUGUGCAGAGUUAAGGAGGAAAGACAGACCAGAUCUUGGCAAGGUAGUCCUGCCAGAACUUGACAGAUUGAGAGCACUUGCUGAAGACACCAUGCAUCUGGGCUUUAUGGAUGGCAAUUUUAUCUCCACAACCAACCAAAGUCAAGUUUCUGUGCAGCUGGAAGAUGAGCCAUAUUCAAGAUCUGCUGCUAGCUCAAGGAAUCAGUCUACUGCUAGCUCAAGAAACCCAUCUGUUGCUUUCUAGUAUUUCCGAAAAGUUUAUUAAUCCAUGGAAAGAAAAAGUUGUUUCAAUCACUGUAACAAAACACAAUUAUAAGGAAAAUUUUGUACAGUAAUCAGUGUUCAUAUUACUUUAUUCCAAAGUUUUGUGAAUUACGGUUUUUUCUUAAGCUAUCUUUGUAGCUAACAAGGUUCCGGAGCAAGCAUGUGGUCUUUCCUA